AUGGACCGGAGGAGUGAACUGAACGCGCUUCCUCUCCCUAAACCCCGCCCCCGUUUUUCUAUGCAUUGGCGCGCUGCUCCUCCGUGAGGCUGUAGAUCUCUGCUCCUCUGCAGUUGGACUCAUUCUACAACAUUGAAAGGCAUGAGUGCGGCGGGGAAUGCGCGUUCCGGUUCGGGCGCCGGUCCCGUCCAGCAAGGGCUGAAGGAGGCUCUGAUGGAGACGCUGACAGCUAUCCUGUCACCGGUUCAAGAAGUGCGCACCGCUGCGGAGGAGCAGAUCAAAGUGUUGGAAGUGACGGAAGAGUUUGGCGUCCACCUGGCAGAGUUGACCGUAGAUCCUCAGGGAGCGCUCGCCAUCCGUCAGUUGGCCUCCGUCAUCCUAAAGCAGUAUGUUGAGACUCACUGGUGCUCCCACUCAGAUAAGUUCAGGCCUCCAGAAACCUCCGAUCAGGCUAAGGCUGCCAUUAGGGAGCUGCUGCCGAGAGGUUUGCAGGAGUCGAUCAGCAAAGUGCGUUCCAGCGUGGCGUACGCUGUUUCGGCCAUCGCCCACUGGGACUGGCCGGAGGCGUGGCCUCAGCUCUUCACCCUGCUGAUGGAGUUGCUGAUCAGUGGAGAUGUCAGUGCAGUACAUGGUGCCAUGAGGGUCCUCACAGAGUUUACUCGAGAGGUGACUGACACACAGAUGCCUCUUGUGGCUCCGAUCAUCUUACCUGAGAUGUACAAGAUCUUUACCAUGGCAGAGGUUUACAGUAUUCGGACUCGCGCCAGAGCAGUAGAGAUUUUCACCAUUUGUGCCAACCUCAUCUGUGCUAUUGAAGAGCUUGAAAAGGGUGCAGCCAAAGCAUUAAUCUUCCCAGUGGUGCAGCAGUUUACAGAAGCGUUUGUGCAGGCUCUGCGGAUGCCUGAUGGACCCACCUCUGACAGCGGCCUUAAGAUGGAAGUCCUUAAGGCUGUUACAGCAUUGGUGAAGAACUUCCCCAAACCCAUGGUGUUCUCCAUGCAGCAGAUAUUGCCCAUCGUGUGGGAUACACUGACUGAAAGUGCAGCUUUCUAUGUUAGAACAGAAGUCAACUACACAGAGGAAGUGGAUGACCCCAUAGACUCAGAUGGUGAGGUUUUGGGCUUUGAGAAUCUGGUGUUCAGCAUCUUCGACUUUGUCCACACACUACUGGAGAAAAGGAAGUUUAAAAGCACGGUGAAGAAAGCGCUGCCUGAACUCAUUUACUACAUCAUCCUAUACAUGCAGAUCACAGAAGACCAGAUCAAAGUGUGGACAGCAAAUCCUCAGCAGUUUGUAGAAGAUGAAGAUGACGACAGUCUUUCUUACUCCGUCAGGAUCUCCGCUCAGGACCUGCUGCUGACUGUGGCUGCAGAGUUUCAGAAUGAGAGUGCAGCAGCGCUCGCUGCAGCUGCAACCAGACACCUGCAGGAGGCGGAGCAGGCCAAAAACAGUGGCAAUGAGCACUGGUGGAAGAUUCAUGAAGCGUGCAUGUUGGCUCUGGGUUCUGUCAAGACCAUCAUAACGGAGAAUGUGAAGAAUGGCCGCGUCCAGUUUGACAUGCACGGGUUUCUGGCCGGUGUCAUCUUGUUGGAUCUGAACUUGCCGUCUGCAUCUCCGUUCCUCCUGGGCCGAGCUCUGUGGGCCGCCAGCCGCUUCACGGCCGCUAUGACCCCUGAGCUCAUCCAGCAGUUCCUCCAGGCCACCGUCAGCGGUCUCCACGACAGUCAGCCUCCAUCCGUCCGCAUCUCCGCAGUCCGAGCCAUAUGGGGGUACUGUGACCAGCUAAAGCUGUCAGAAAGCACACACAUACUGCAGCCCUUCCUGCCCAGCAUCCUGGAGGGCCUGAUCCAGCUGGCCGCCCAGUUCAGCUCCGAGGUGCUCACUCUCGUCAUGGAGACUCUGUGCAUCGUCUGCACCGUGGACCCGGCGUUCACCACCAGCGCCGAGAACAAGAUCUGCCCCCUCACCAUUGCUAUCUUCCUUAAAUACAACAAUGACCCUGUGGUGGCUUCUUCAGCUCAGGACAUUUUUAAAGAGCUGGCGCAGAUCGAAGGCUGCCAGGGCCCCAUGCAGAUGCGGCUCAUACCAACCCUGGUCAGCAUCAUGCAGGCUCCUCCUGACAAGAUCCCCACUGGACUCUGCGCUACCUCCAUAGACAUUUUGACUACGGUGGUACGAAACACAAAACCCCCGCUGUCUGAGAUGUUGGUCUGUCAGGCCUUCCCUGUGGCAGCCCAGUGCACGUUACGUACAGAUGACAACACCAUAAUGCAGAAUGGAGGGGAGUGCUUGCGGGCGUACGUAUCCGUUAGCCUGGAGCAGAUCGCCCAGUGGCGUGACGAGCAGGGCAACAGCGGCCUCUGGUACGUCAUGCAGGUGAUCAACCAGCUGCUGGAUCCCCGCUACUCCGAGUUCACCGCUGCCUUCGUGGGACGGUUGGUGUCUGCGCUCAUCUCUCAGGCUGGAACGGAGCUCGGGGAUCAGCUGGACCAGAUCCUCAGAGCCAUCCUGAGUAAAAUGCAACAAGCGGAGACUCCGACCGUCAUGCAGUCUCUGAUCAUGGUCUUCGCUCACCUGGUUCACUCUCAGCUGGAACCUCUACUAGAGUUUUUAUGCAGUCUGCCUGGGCCGACAGGAAAACCUGCUCUGGAGUUUGUCAUGACGGAGUGGAUGAGCAGGCAACAUCUUUUCUAUGGACAGUAUGAGAGCAAAGUCAGCUGUGUAGCUCUGUGCAAGCUGCUGCAACACGGUCUUAAUACUGAUGACAAGCGUCUUCAAGACAUCAUGGUGAAGGGAGAAGAGAUCUUCAACCCUGAUGACGGCAUCCGCACGCGCUCCAAAUCGGCCAAGAACCCAGAGCGCUGGACCAACAUUCCUUUGCUCGUAAAGAUCUUCAAACUGAUCAUCAAUGAGCUGUCGACUGUAGUGGAGGCAAACGCCAGCCGUUUCAAUCCCACAGACUGGAGUCAAGAUUCUAGUGGUAUGUGGGAAGAACAAGACGACGAAGAGGGUGAGGAGGAUGAUGAGGAGGAUGAAGGACUGGCAGGCCAGCUGCUCUCUGAUCUUAUUGCAUCUAACAAAUAUGAUGAUGAUUAUUAUGAAGAUGAUGAGGAAGAUGACCCAGAUGCUUUGAAAGACCCCAUAUAUCAGAUUGAUCUACAGGCUUACCUGACAGACUUCCUGACACAGUUUGCACAGCAGCCAUGUUACAGCAUGUUCUCAAGCCACCUCAACAACGCUGAGAGACAGACCCUGCAGUCUAUAGGCCUCUAGCCCACUGCUCCCAACCCACCUUCAUCCUGCACCAUAAAGUGUUCCUCCAGUGCCCUGUCACUUCACGAUCAUGAUGAAUUUACAAAACGAGGAAAAGGACAAAGGAAGAACGCUGACAGAGGGGAGAAACCACGGAGGAAAAAAACACUUUCUCCUGACUUCCUUGUUAUUUUGUAUGCAGACAGACAGGAGGUUCCACAGUGAGAAUGGUUGAUCUGCUUGAAGAUCACCAGACGUUUCUGUUUCAGAGCAGAUGGAUGAAAGGAUAAAAACUUCAUCAGAAGAAGGCAGGUGAAGAUGUAAAGGGACUGUUUUAUUAUGUCUCGUUUGUAUUUUUCUCGUCUUUUUGUCUGUUUAUGUACAAACUAUGCGAAAUGGAACCUCCAAAUCUGUACCAAGAGACUUUAAAUGCAAGAAAGCAUGAAAACUGAGAGCAAAAGAAUCUUCUGCGGCCUUAUAUUAAGAGAAAACUGGUUCUGACAAGAAAUGCUCCCCAAACCAGCUGACAUCCGUCAGGUGGAUUAUUCAGGAGCAGUUGCCAUGGUAAUUCACAGCUUUAUCAUAUUCUUGAUCCCAUAAUUAUUUAGAAUCAACCAUUUUCUAAAUAAAGGUCCUUAAAGGAUAACUGGUGGAUUUCUA